CUCCUCCCUAUUAAGCCCCACCUCCCGGUGACCGCACCGUCCCCGUUCUCCUUUCUCCGCUCCAACCGCAGCAGCACGUCCAUUUCACUUGUCCCCUCGGCCCUCCUUCCCUGCCUUCCCUUUUCCCCACGCCACCUCCCACCUCCGUUCGCCGCCGCCAGCCGACCAGCUCGCCCGCCGCGCCGGCGAUGGCGACGACGGAGGGGCUCGUGCCUAUCACACGGGCCUACCUCGCGCGCUACUACGACAAGUACCCGCUGGCCCCGCUGCCCGAUGCCGCCACUGACCUCGCCGCCCGGCUGCGCGCCCUCUCCGCCGACCUCGCCGCCGUCACUCCCAUCGCCUCCGUUAUGACAUACAUGCCCCACGAUUUUCGAGGCACACUAAUCAGGCAACAACGAGAACGCUCAGAAAGGAAUAAGCAAGCGGAGGUAGACACUUUAGUUAGUGCUGGCGGAAGCAUUCGCGAUCGAUAUGCGUUGUUGUGGAAACAGCAAAUGGAAAGGAGGGUGCAAUUAGCACAACUUGGUUCCGCGACAGGUGUAUAUAAGACUCUUGUUAGGUAUUUGGUUGGUGUUCCGCAGGUUUUAUUGGAUUUUAUUCGACAAAUAAAUGAUGAUAAUGGGCCUAUGGAAGAGCAAAGAGAACGUUAUGGCCCAGCACUGUACACCCUUACAAAACUGGUGCUUGCUAUUCGGUUGUAUCUGCAUGUCUCUUUGGCACGAUAUGAACAAAGGAAAAUAGAGCAGGAUAACAUUGCUAUGCUGCAGCAAGCUGUAAUUAUCUACACCGAGGAGUUUUGGAAGUUCACCGAAUUCAUAGGCGAGGUCUUUGUGAACGCACCAUUCUUUAUAUCCGCUGAGGAUGCCGGUGCCAUGGAUGCAAGGAAAAGUGACGAGUACAAAGAAACUAUUAUUCAAGCUGGAAAGACACAUGAGGUCAUUUUGACUGUUGAAGCCGUAAACUCAUACAUUGCAUGGGACUUCUCCUUGCAACAAGGGGCCCUCAACGUGGUAUUGGACAUUGGAUUUCAUGUGGAGUACAUUAGUCCUUCAGGGGAGAAAACUCUAAUUCUUCCCUACCGACGGGCAAUUUUUGCACUAUUUCAGCGGGAUCAUACAAACUUGUAUGGGACAACUCAUAUUCAUCAUUCUUCAAAAAGCUUGAACUCCUCCAUGUUUGGGUACACUGUUCCAACCUCCAUUGAUGGGUUGCUCUAUCAUAUGAAAUUACCAUCUAAUGAGGACAUCACUCAUUUGGAUACAAACAACAUUCAAGGUCCAAUCACUAGAGCUCGAGCACGACAAUUGAAUCUUGAGGUGAGCUCGUUCCUAAACACCUCUUUGUAUGAUUAUAAGGAUAGAUUGCUACCUAAUUAUUAUAUUGUGAUUAGGAACCAUGGAGAAGGUGAAGGAAUGCUUGGAGAUGGGCUUGGAGGCGUGCAGGACCAGCUAGGGCGACCAAGUCAAGAGGGAGGCCCAAAACAAGUUGGCCUCGGGUCUGUUUCGAGGUCCAGGAGUAGUCUGCACUAAAAUGGCCGCCUAGGUCACAUAUGGACUCAGAUUUGUGAGAUCUUUAUAUGGAUGGAAAGCUAAAAAGAUAACCUUUCAAAUGGCGCUGGUCCCAGGACCAAGUUCCUCCGGAGUCAAUGGGAAAAAUAUUCUACAAGUUGGCAUCCAGAAUCUGUCUCAGUGUUGUGCCACUGCCUUUUAGUCUUCUGGACCAUAUAUCUUGCUUAGGCCUAUUAGGGUUGCGCCUAGGGGGUCUUGGCCGCCCCUUAGACUACUUAUCCAGCCACCACCCCCUCCUCUAGGGUUUGAGUUUUGCUUAGUUCAUUUCUGUCAAGAACAUGAUGUCGUUCUUCAGUUGUGGAACCCCACUCCUGAGUUGAAUCAAUUGCUUUCUGUGAUUUGGUUGCUUCUCCGUGCACUUGCUUGUAUUCUUUGAUUCGCAUGCAAGAGUAAGCCUUCUUGGCGAGGUCAAUUGAGUAGUAGCUAGGUUGAUAACUAGAGGAUUCGUGGUGCUAAGGUUGCAGGGUUCAUUUCUUUGGAUUUGAAGCCGGAUCGGUAUGUCUCGAAUCCGUCAAAUCGAUAAUUAUCUUGAACCUUUCAGAAGAUCGGGAAUCCAAGUCUUAUCAUGUGGUAUCAGAGCAAAGGUAUACCGUCAGGUUCGCAUCGAAUGCCCCUAGUUCGAGUGUUUAUUUUCAUCCUACAGUCCACAGCCAUACCGUUUUUUCCGCUUCCUAGAACCUUCCGCGCCAUAGCCUCUGCAUUUGUUAGUUUCAGAGUUCGUAGUGUUGAGUUUGUAUCCUUGUUUGAAGUCUUGUUGCUGGUUAGGUUGUGUUAGAGUCCGGUUGUGUGUUUCCCCCACCAGUUCAUGUGUUUUCCCACCAUUCUUCAUCAAACGCUAGCCACCGCCUACAAAUUUCUGCACUUUGUUCCUGUUUUGUGCUCUAACUUGGAGUGCGCUUUUGCACUUCUGCCACGACUUUCACUUGUUUGAGCUCAUACUUUCUGUGGUUACUUCCUUUUCUACUGCAAAGUGAAGGAAAAAUAUAUAUAAAAAAGAAAACAACAACAACCCAAUAAAAAAGAGGAAAAAAAGGAGAAGGGCAAAGAGGGAGCAAUAUCUUUAGGAGCACAUAGAGAAGGGGAAGUGAGCUGUGAAGCGUGUGCUGUCUUGUAUAUUUGAUCUUGUGAUCUUGGAUCUUGAAAUUUGGGACAAUAAUUCAACAUUGCUAUCUGUUACUAACUUUUGUGCCACAUAUAUAUUAAUCUGUAUGCCUUUCCAAGCUCCACAUAUUUCUUCAAAUCAGUACAGAAAGAGGACCCUUGCAAUCUUGGUGUCACCUUCUCACAGGCAUCAUGAACUAGCCGCCGAUUGCACCAACUCUGGUUUUGUGAUUGGUAAGAAUUUUUGCAAGUGCUUGUGGAGGAGUUGCCAUUUUGCAUGAUUGAGAGCCACCAAUACAACUGCGUAGUCAUUUGUUAGGGAUAACCUUCACUGUUUGCUUCUAUUUUUGGUGUUUGCAAUGGUAGGGAAUGAACAUGUUAACUCUCCCACAGAUUUCAAUGAGUGUGUUAGCAGAGCUCAACUUCAAGCUGCCAUGGAGGAAUCCCAGAGGGGGAUGAAUGAUGCAAUCAGGAAGGCUGUCACCGAUGCACUGAUUGAUCCCAAGCUUGGUAGCAGCAUGGAGAGGUUGGAUAGGCGGAUAUCUACUAUAACCGAAAAGGUUACAGAGUUAGAAAACCGUCUACCAAAUGAGGAAGAUAUGGGAGGAAACAACACUGAUGAAGAUGUUGUUUUUGAUGAUGAUGGAAACAUAGAUGCUGCAACCACCCGAGUAGAGAGGCUACGAUGUCGUCUACGCGAGAACAAGAGAGGUAUGUGAGGUCCUCGACAUUAAGGUAAUCACCAUCAUGCUUUCGAUGCUCCUUAUGCUAAGGUCAAGUUUACAAUUCCACCUUUUUUGGGUUAUUAUGAUGCUGAGGGGUAUCUUGAUUGGGAGAUGACUGUAGAAUAAAAAUUUAAUUCCCACCUUGUUCCUAAAAGGUAUAGAGUUCGACAAGCCUCUAGUGAGAUUAAGGACUUUGCAAUCAUUUGGUGGAGUGGAUUAGCUGCAGAGAAUGCUUUACCGACCACUUGGGAACAACUUAAGGUAGCUAUGCGUGAUGGUUUUGUUCCCCCUUCCUAUCAUAGAGACAUGCGUAAGAAAUUGAUGCGCUUAGAGCAAGGAGAGAAAUCUGUCCAAAGAUUACUAUGGGGAGCUCCAAAAGGGCUUGAUGCAUUGUGGUGUUGUGGAGGGACCCGAGGAUUCUAUUUGUCAUUUUUAUUCAGGUCUAAGGUGUGAGAUUCAGGACAUUGUUGAUUAUAAGGAAUGUAACACUGCCACCAGUUGUUUCAGUUUGCUAUGCUUGCAGAGAAGGAAUUGCAGGGACGUGAGCAGCAAGGCAAGGGCAAGUCCACCACCUCUUACACACAACGUACAACGACAUCAACGUAGCUGAACAAGUCUACAACUUUUCGGAUGCCACCACCACCAGCUAGCAAGCGACCAGCAGCUUCGGGAGUUGCUGCAGCGCCCACACGGUCCUUCAAUUCAGGUAAAAAUUCUGCACAGGUACCCGCAAAGAGUUCAUCAUCUGUUGCAUCAACGGGGUGCACCUCUGGCAUCCAAUGCCACCGUUGCCAUGGGAUUGGCCAUGUGCAGAAGGGCUGCCCAAGUCAGUGGGCAUACAUUGCUACAGAGGAUGGCUACAUCAGCACCUCUAACAUUGAAGAUGAAGAAGAGAAAGAAAAUGUUGAUGGUGAAGAAGAGAUCCUUGGCGGAGAGGACACAAUGACCUAUAUGAGCGCCAUUGUUCAGCGGGUGCUCAACACACAAGUGCAACAACCCGACCAGCUGCAACGUCACAAUCUAUUUCAGAUUUUCUUCGUCAUCAAUAACCGACGUGUGCAAGUCAUUAUUGAUGGAUGUAGCUGCAACAAUUUGGUAAGUUCUGAGUUGGUCAUGAAGCUUGGCUUGACCACACGGCCACACCAACAUCCAUACCAUAUUCAGUGGCUAAAUGAUUCGGGAAUGGCUAAGGUAACACAAACUUGCAUAGUUUCUUUUUCCAUUGGGUCAUAUUCAGAUUCGGUUGAUUGUGAUGUGGUACCUAUGCAAACUUGUUCACUUUUGUUGGGUAGGCCUUGGGAACAUGAUAAUAAUGCCACACACCAUGGUAUAAGUAAUAAAUACACCUUUGUGCACAAAGGAAAGGAAUAUACUUUGCUACCUUUGACCCUUGCUGAAAUUGUACAAGCUGAGAAAGAGCGAGCUGCUAGUUUGAAUGACACAAAAUCUGAAAAUCAGCAAGUAGCAAAAUCUAUUUUUCCACAUAUAAAGGAUAGACCUGCACCUAAUUCUAAGGCCGAGGGCAUUAAAUUGAAGGGUGGAGUCAUGCUUGCAACAAAAUGUGAACUUUCUGAAAUUUCUGAAGAAGAAAUCUACUAAUCCUUACUUUGCAAACAAGCCUUGUUUUCACUUGAUGAUAUUGCUAGCUCGAUACCUCCUGCUUUCACUAACAUUUUGCAGGAGUAAGCGGAUGUUUUUCCAGCUGAGGUACCACAGGGGCUGCCACCUGUGAGAGGGAUAGAGCAUCAAAUCGACUUGAUUCCUGGAGCAACUUUGCCCAACCGAGCAGCCUACCGAACCAACCCCGAUGAAACUAAGAAAAUUCAGCGACAAGUCCAAGAACUUUUGGACCGCGGGUAUGUACGUGAGAGCCUUAGUCCUUAUGCUGUUCCUGUGCUUUUGGUUCCAAAGAAAGAUGGUACUUGGCGUAUGUGUGUUGAUUGUAGAGCCAUCAAUAACAUUACCAUUCAAUACCGUCAUCCUUUUCCUAGGCUUGAUGAUAUGGUUGAUGAGUUGUGUGGUUCUAUAAUUUUCACAAAGAUUGACUUGUGAACUGGCUACCACCAGAUUAGAAUGAAACUUGGAGAUGAAUGGAAAACAGCUUUUAAAAACAAAUUUGGAUUGUAUGAGUGGUUAGUAAUGCAUUUUGGUUUGACUAAUGCACCUAGCACUUUCAUUCGCUUGAUGAAUGAGGUUUUGAGGGCUUUCAUUGGACGACUUGUGGUAGUUUACUUUGAUGAUAUCUUGAUUUAUAGCAAGUCUUUGGAAGAACACAUGAAUCAUUUGCGUGCUGUUUUUGAUGCUUUACGUGAUGCACGUUUGUUUGGUAACCUUGAGAAGUGCAUCUUUUGCACAGAUCGAGUCUCUUUUCUUGGCUAUGUUGUUACUCCACAGGGAAUUGAGGUGGAUGAGACAAAGAUUGAUGCCAUAAAGAGCUAGCCGAUUCCCCAAACCAUCACACAGGUGAGUAGUUUUCUUGGUCUUGUAGGAUUCUACCGUCGUUUCGUCAAAGAUUUCAGCACCAUUGCAGCUUCCUUGCAUGAGUUGACAAAGAAAGGGGUGGUGUUCCAUUGGGGAAAGGCACAUGAUGAGUCCUUUGAUGCUUUGAUGGGCAAGCUUACACAUACACCAUUGCUACAACUUCCAAACUUUGGGUAAGACUUUUGAGCUUGAAUGAGAUGCUAGCGGAGUUGGCGUUGGGGUUGUUUUAAUGCAAGAUGGUAAACCCAUUGCUUACUUUAGCGAAAAACUGCAUAGUCCUAUUUUAAAUUACUCCAUGUAUGAUAAGGAAUUGUAUGCUCUUGUACGUUCUUUAGAGAUGUGGUGUCAUUAUUUGUGGCCCAAAGAGUUUGUUAUCCACUCCGAUCAUGAAUCUCUUAGGUAUCUUCGCUCACAAAAUAAUUUGAACUGUUGGCAUGCUAAGUGGGUUGAGCUAAUUGAAUGUUUCUCUUAUGUUAUCAAACACAAGAAAGGAAAGGAUAAUGUGAUUGCGGAUGCUUUGUCUAGGCGCUAUACAUUGCUGUCCCAAUUUGAUUGUCGUAUUUUUGGACUUGAAUCGAUAAAAGAACAAUAUGCGCUUGAUCUUGAUUUUAAAGAUGUGUUGCUGAAUUGUAGAGAGGGACGUACAUGGAACAAGUUUGUGAUCAAUGAUGGGUUAUUGUUUAGAGCUAACCGCCUAUGCAUUCCAGUUGGUUCUGUUUGUCUCUUUGUUACAGGAAGCGCAUGGAGGAGGGCUGAUGGGACAUUUCGGUGCUAAGAAGAUGGAGGAUGUUUUUACCUUACAUUUGUUUUUGCCAAAGAUGAGGAGAGAUGUUGAACGUUUCAUGGCGUGCUACACCACAUGUAUCACGCUUGAAUCCUCAUGGUUUAUACAUGCCUCUUCCCAUUCUUUCUAUUCCUUGGACAAACAUUUCGAUGGACUUUGUUUUAGGAUUGCCUCGGACUAAAAGGGGGAGGGAUACCAUUUUUGUGGUGGUGGAUCAUUUUUCUAAGAUGGCACACUUCAUACCAUGUCAUAAGAGUGAUGAUGUUAUUUA